GCGGGCCGGCCGCCCGGCCUUCCUCUCCCCUCGCUCCUCCUCUCCGCCUCCACUUGCUCCGGCCUCCUGGCUCCUGCCUCAGUUCGGGGCCUGGCUGGGUUUCUCCCGGCCAGGGAAGUUUCUUCGCUCUAGCCGCAGUGCAGCUUCCAUCGCUCUCCCUCGCAGCGGGGAUCCCAGCCUCUCCUGCUGUCCCCUCCCUGCCCUCGGCCUCGGCUUCUUCCCCCCGCUUUGCCCUCUGCAGUCCUCUCCCGGGCUCCCAGCUCUCGACCCCCUCUGCCCGGGCUCGCCCCCGCCCUCCCCCGUCUCCUCCCGGGGUCGUGCGGCCCCGGAUGCCCGGGCCCCGAGGGGCUGCCCGCGGCCUGGCCCCUGCGAUGCGCCGGGCCGGGGCAUCUGGGCUGCUGGCGCUGCUGCUGGCGCUGUUGGGCCCGGGCGGCGGGGCCGAGGGGGGGCCGGCCGGCGAGCGGGGCACGGGAGGGGGCGGGGCGCUGGCCCGCGAGCGCUUCAAGGUGGUCUUUGCGCCCGUGAUCUGCAAGCGGACCUGUCUGAAGGGCCAGUGUCGGGACAGCUGUCAGCAGGGCUCGAAUAUGACGCUCAUCGGAGAGAACGGCCACAGUACCGACACGCUCACCGGCUCUGGCUUCCGCGUGGUGGUGUGCCCUCUGCCCUGCAUGAACGGUGGCCAGUGCUCCUCCCGAAACCAGUGUCUGUGCCCCCCGGACUUCACGGGGCGCUUCUGCCAGGUGCCUGCUGCAGGCACUGGAGCUGGCACCGGCAGCUCAGGCCCCGGACUGGCCCGGACUGGGGCCAUGUCCACAGGUCCGCUACCACCCCUUGCUCCAGAAAGCGAGUCUGUGGCUAGCAAACACGCCAUCUACGCGGUGCAGGUGAUCGCGGAUCCUCCCGGGCCGGGGGAGGGACCCCCUGCUCAACAUGCAGCUUUUCUGGUGCCCCUGGGGCCAGGGCAAAUCUCAGCAGAAGUGCAGGCUCCGCCCCCCGUGGUGAACGUGCGUGUCCAUCACCCUCCUGAAGCGUCAGUUCAGGUGCACCGCAUAGAGGGGCCAAAUGCAGAAGGCCCAGCCUCCUCCCAGCAUCUGCUGCCGCAUCCCAAGCCCCCGCACCCGAGGCCACCCACCCAAAAGCCACUGGGACGUUGUUUCCAGGAUACACUGCCCAAGCAGCCCUGUGGCAGCAACCCUUUGCCUGGCCUCACCAAGCAGGAAGAUUGCUGUGGAAGCAUCGGUACAGCCUGGGGACAAAGCAAAUGCCACAAAUGCCCACAGCUUCAGUAUACAGGGGUACAGAAGCCAGGACCUGUGCGCGGGGAGAUGGGUGCUGACUGCCCCCAAGGCUACAAGAGGCUCAACAGCACCCAUUGCCAAGACAUCAAUGAAUGCGCGAUGCCUGGCAUGUGUCGCCAUGGAGACUGCCUCAACAACCCUGGCUCUUAUCGGUGUGUCUGCCCAUCUGGUCAUAGUUUGGGCCCUUCACGAACACAAUGCAUUGCUGACAAACCAGAGGAGAAGAGCCUGUGUUUCCGCCUGGUGAGCACCGAACACCAGUGCCAGCAUCCUCUGACCACACGCCUCACACGCCAACUUUGCUGCUGCAGUGUGGGUAAAGCCUGGGGUGCACGGUGCCAGCGCUGCCCAGCAGAUGGUACAGCAGCCUUCAAGGAGAUCUGCCCAGCUGGGAAGGGGUACCACAUCCUCACCUCCCACCAGACCCUCACCAUCCAGGGUGAAAGUGACUUUUCCCUUUUCCUGCACCCUGACGGACCACCCAAACCCCAGCAGCUUCCUGAAAGCCCCAGCAGAGCUCCGCCACCUGAAGAUGCAGAGGACGAGAGAGGAGUGACCACGGACCCACCAGUGAGUGAGGAGCGAUCGGUACGGCCGAGCCGCCCCACUGCCACCACCUCCCCUGCCCGGCCUUACCCAGAGUUGAUCUCUCGCCCCUCCCCACCUACCUUUCACCGGUUCCUGCCAGACUUGCCCCCAUCCAGAAGUGCAGUGGAGAUCGCCCCGACUCAGGUCACAGAGACGGAUGAAUGCCGAUUGAACCAGAAUAUCUGUGGCCACGGACAGUGUGUGCCUGGCCCCUCGGAUUACUCCUGCCACUGCAACCCAGGUUACCGGUCACAUCCGCAGCACCGCUACUGCGUUGACGUGAACGAGUGCGAGGCGGAGCCCUGUGGUCCUGGGAGAGGCAUCUGCAUGAACACUGGGGGCUCCUAUAAUUGUCACUGCAACCGUGGCUACCGCCUCCAUGUGGGCGCAGGGGGACGCUCGUGUGUGGACCUGAACGAGUGCGCCAAGCCUCACCUGUGCGGCGACGGCGGCUUUUGCAUCAACUUCCCCGGUCACUAUAAAUGCAACUGCUUUCCCGGCUACCGGCUCAAAACUUCCCGACCACCCGUGUGCGAAGACAUCGACGAGUGUCGCGACCCUAGCACCUGCCCUGAUGGCAAAUGUGAAAACAAACCUGGCAGCUAUAAGUGCAUCGCCUGCCAGCCUGGCUACCGCAGCCAGGGAGGCGGGGCCUGUCGUGAUAUCAACGAGUGCUCCGAAGGCAACCCCUGCUCUCCCGGAUGGUGUGAGAACCUCCCUGGAUCCUUCCGUUGCACGUGCGCCCAGGGAUAUGAGCCUGCACCUGAUGGCCGUAGUUGCGUGGACGUGGAUGAGUGUGAGGCUGGAAACAUGUGCAACAAUGGCAUCUGUGCGAACACACCAGGCUCCUUCCAGUGUCAGUGCCUCUCUGGCUACCAUCUGUCAAGGGACCGGAGUCAUUGUGAGGACAUUGAUGAAUGUGACUUCCCUGCGGCCUGCAUUGGAGGUGACUGCAUCAAUACCAAUGGUUCCUACAGAUGUCUUUGUCCCCAGGGACAUCGGCUAGUGGGCGGCAGGAAGUGCCAAGAUAUAGACGAGUGCAGCCAGGACCCAGGCCUGUGCCUGCCACAUGGGGCCUGUGAGAACCUCCAGGGCUCCUAUGUCUGCGUCUGUGAUGAGGGUUUCACACUCACCCAGGACCAGCAUGGGUGUGAGGAGGUGGAGCAGCCCCACCACAAGAAGGAGUGCUACCUUAACUUCGAUGACACAGUGUUCUGCGACAGUGUACUGGCCACCAAUGUCACACAGCAGGAGUGCUGCUGCUCACUGGGGGCUGGCUGGGGAGACCACUGCGAAAUCUAUCCCUGUCCGGUCUACAGCUCAGCCGAGUUCCAUAGCCUCUGUCCUGAUGGAAAGGGCUACACACAGGACAACAACAUUGUAAACUAUGGCAUUCCAGCCCACCGUGACAUCGACGAAUGUGUAUUGUUCGGAGCAGAGAUCUGCAAGGAGGGCAAGUGUGUGAACACGCAGCCAGGCUAUGAGUGCUACUGCAAGCAGGGAUUCUAUUAUGAUGGCAACCUGCUGGAAUGUGUGGAUGUGGAUGAGUGCUUGGAUGAGUCCAACUGCAGGAACGGAGUGUGUGAGAACACACGCGGUGGCUACCGCUGCGCCUGCACACCUCCGGCAGAGUAUAGUCCUGCCCAGCGCCAGUGUCUGAGCCCCGAGGAGAUGGAGCACGCCCCAGAGCGACGCGAAGUGUGCUGGAGCCAGCGAGGAGAGGAUGGCAUGUGUAUGGGGCCCCUGGCCGGGCCUGCCCUCACUUUUGAUGAUUGCUGCUGCCGCCAGGGCCGUGGCUGGGGCACCCAGUGCAGACCAUGCCCGCCACAUGGCACGGGGUCCCAGUGCCCGACUUCGCAGAGUGAGAGCAAUUCUUUCUGGGACACGAGCCCCCUGCUACUGGGGAAGUCACCUCGAGACGAGGACAGCUCGGAAGAAGAUUCGGAUGAGUGCCGCUGUGUGAACGGCCGCUGUGUGCAGCGGCCAGGUGGGGCGGUGUGUGAGUGUCCUGGUGGCUUUCAGCUGGAUACCUCCCGUGCCCGCUGUGUGGACAUCGAUGAGUGUCGAGAGCUGAACCAGCGAGGGCUGCUGUGCAAGAGCGAGAGGUGCGUGAACACCAGUGGCUCCUUCCGCUGUGUCUGCAAAGCAGGCUUCACCCGCAGCCGCCCCCAUGGGGCCUGUGUGCCUCAGCGCCGCCGCUGAAGCUGCCUUGGCCUGCACCUUGGUGAUCAUUGAGAGUUUCUACUAACAGUGGAGACAAGUACAUCCCUUACUCUUGUCCAAAUCAGAGAUGGACUCAAGGAUCCUCUGGGGCCCACAGAUCUCCUUCCAGCAUCCCAACACCCAAGGGUGCUCCUGUCUACAGAGUGCUGUCUGCUUUCCUAAAGAGGGUCCCUAGAGACUGCGAAGUCAGAUCUGCCCCUUUAACUUACUCUUGGCUUUCAGAGCAAAUUUAUACUCACAUCCAAAGGUGGUUGGGAUGGCAGCACCAAGAGCCACUGCUUGGGAGGGGCUAAGCUGAGCUGGAACCCAGGAUGUGAAAUAGAAUUUAUUGUGGCUCUGAUUAUGUACACUAGAUGUGCCUGGCUUGGUGACCAGGCUCACAUGGUUUGUACAAUAAAUACAUCCGCCAGG